GGAUGCUGGAUCGUUAAUAUCAUACAAUUUGCCGGAUAGUCAUUAAAAACAAGAAACGAUUAAGCAGCAGCCUUGAGAGUUGCAGCGAUUGUCAUCGCUAGUGCAGCUCUUGACAUAAAUUACGCGAACGCUCGCGCUCGAGCCUGAUUCGAACAGAAAAACUUCAUGGUACCUAUACUGGGUGUACCUGCUAUACACUGUAUGAAUAACGGAGUCAACAGUGCAUACCUUUACUCAUUGAAUGACGAACUGUUGUAUGAAAGUAGGGAGCUAACGUGCGUGACGUGGAUAUGUAGGAAGCUGGAAAAGGAAAAAAAAACUUCAAACGGAACACUAUGUCGUCCCUCUCCCUCCCCCUCUCUCGCUCUCUCUCUCUCUCUUUCUUUUUAGCUCUAUGUUGUCUCUGUCAUCGCGAGCUUUCCGUGCUCUCGCUCCGACGAAGCAUUCCAGGAGCUGUGCUCAAGCCGCCAGGAGUGUUCGAUUUUCCUCUUUAUCACCUACAAUAAGUCGAUUCCGUUCGACGGUUAACAAUGAGCUUGCACGAGACCACCGUGGCUUUGCCAACGGGACAACGAGUUCCCAUUGUCGGAUUCGGCACCUGGCAGGCAUCCGACGAAGAACUCGAAGCGGCUUUAGACAAUGCUUUGGAAUCUGGUUACAGACAUAUUGAUACAGCACCUGUUUAUUUAAACGAACACGUUAUUGGAAAAGUUUUGAAAAAAUGGUUGGAUUCUGGAAAACUCAAAAGAGAUGAUCUGUUUAUAGUAACAAAGCUGCCUCCAACCGGAAAUCGUCCUGAAGGUGUAGAAAAAUCUUUGAAAAAGUCUUUAAAAGAUCUACAAUUAGACUAUUUGGACCUUUACUUAGUUCAUACUCCAUUUUCAUUCAUUGAAGAAGGGGAUAAUUUACAUCCAAAAGAUGAAAAUGGUCAUAUAAAAAUUGAUCCAAGCACUGAUAUUCUUGCUGUAUGGACAGAGAUGGAAAAGCAAGUGGUUAAUGGAUUAACAAAAGCCAUUGGAUUAUCAAAUUUCAAUACCAAGCAAGUUGACAGAAUUCUCAGUGCAGCUAAAGUUCCAGUUUCAAUGUUACAAAUUGAAUUGCAUUUAUAUUUCCAACAAAAUGAAAUGAUUGAAUAUUGCAAAAACAAAGGUAUUCCUAUAACUGCAUACUCACCACUUGGUACUAGAGGCCUUGUGAAGCUCAUAGGUAAAACUGAAACACUGCCAAACUUGUUAGCAAAUAAAUCUGUCUUACAAAUAGCACAAAAACAUGGUAAAACACCAGCUCAAAUUGCUUUGAAACAUAUUAUCCAAAAAGGAAUUGUUGUGAUCCCUAAGAGUACAAAUCCACAGCGUAUCAAGGAUAAUAUCCAACUGUUUGAUUGGAAAUUAGAUUCUGAAGACGUAACAUUACUGAAUGCUUUGGAUCAGGGAAAUAAAGGUCGUAUCUGUGAUUUUACUUUUUUACCAGGGAUUAACAAACAUCCAGAAUUUCCAUUUUAAUUGUGUUCAGUGUGAUUAUUCUAUAACUGCCAACAUGUUUUUCAAUUAUAGUAUUUAUAAUCUCACACAUUAGAGUGUGUUUAUAACUCACCUAACCUGUUACAUAUCCAAAUGAAGUCAAUUUAAAAAAAAUAUAUGUUACAAUUACUCGUACGUUAUGAACUCAUCUGAUUGAGUGUAUUUCAUAAAUAAAUAUAAAGUUUAUAUCAUCGUAACUGUUAUUUAAUUCAAACUUUAUCAAAAGUUAACGAAAAUUUGUUAUGAUUUUAUAAUGUGAAAUUUCGCUAGUUUAAUAUUUGAUGACUUUAAUAUGAAAGUAAAAGUAAUAAAGAGCU